UUUUUUUUAAAAAGAAGUAAAAUGUAACGCUAGCUUGUCAAUCGCUUGUCUCGAAGCAACGUUAUGAAACAAUAGAAUCGCCAUUUAACAAACAAGCAUAGAUUCCUCGAGCGUCUUAUUGGAGUUGUUUUCUCGUCACACCUAAGGACAACGGUCGUACUUUUCGAAAUUUUAAAAAUCAAAAUGGCGGCCGAUGUGCUUAUAAUGUAGAGCUGUUUUACGAAAUUUGAAGAAACAUAGAGGAACUUUUCGUUAAAGUGAACAAACAAAUUAUUGGGUCUUUUUAUUGAAAAAAGGACUCUGAAACAUUUAUAUUGACAUAAAGCGAUGGGAGUACAAGUUUUAUCACCAGAGAGCCAUCAUUCCAAAUUGCGCUCUUUGCCAAAACUCCCUAAAACUUCUCAUUAUUCAGUGAAACCUUUAAACUCUGUGAAACAUUCCCGUGCUCUUCCGUCAGUUCCUAACUCAAACCUAUCCAAGCUGGAUUCAAACGUUAAGCAAUCAAGGGCACUUCCAAGAGUUCCAAAACAUAUGGAUAAUAAGAAAGCUUCAAAUAUGGUUGCUCGACAGGGACGAACUCUUCCGGAAGUGCCAUUUAGAGACUUAAAAGAUAACUUUACGGCCAGUUCGAGCAGGUCGUCCACGCCUCACCUGGCACGUAACACGAGCAAUUUGACGCAGAAUAGUACGUCUCAACACGCAGUCGUGAUACACAAUACAACACAACAGCAUAACACAAAUACGUUAACGCAUCAUCACCACCAUCAUCACCAUAAAGGUGAAAAUCAUCACCAUAAAGGUGAAAACCAUCACCAUAAAGGUGAGAGUCAUCAUCACAAAGGCGAAAAUCAUCAUCAUAAUCAUCAUCAUCAACAUGGACCUCAGCAUUUGCACGUGAAAGAACAUCAACACGGCAACACAACUCAAAGAACUUUGCCGAAAUUACCAAAGUUGUCCCAGAAGCCCAAACCGGAACAGAACAGAAUAGAAUAUAUGCACGACGUUUAUAAAAAGGAAGGGGACAUAUUUAGCGAAGACGGAAACUACGAACAAGCGCUGAAGAGUUAUAAUCUGGCUCUAAAAUUCAUUUCGGACGAGAAAACAACCAUUAUUGCUAGAUCUCGAGUGUACCGGAAGUUGGGCAAACUAAGAAAAGCCACACAGGAUGCUGACCUUGCCCUCAAACUAGAUCCACUUUAUCACGAGGGACUGCUGCAGAAGGCGGAGCUGUUGUUAGAACAAGGUGACUAUGAGAACGCCUUAAACUAUUUCCAGAAGGGAGCAAGAAUGAGACCGGACAAAGAUGACUUCCAUGACGGUAUAGAGAAGGCUAAACACGGACUGUCCGAGAACCAUAAAGUCGCCAGGAAAAGGAAAAACACCUUAAGUCCUGAAGAUAUUACACAGCAGAAAAAGUCUAAAGAUAAGUCCGAGAAGGCACGGAAGAACCGCGACAACAUAAAUGCGCAGUCUCAAAGGUCCAACUCCCGUAUGAGUGACGACGUUCACAAUAACUCCUAUGGCUCUAACGCCUCAACCAAUAGAGAGUCCGUUAUAGUAGAGGAAGAACCGCCCACCAUCGUUCCGGUCCCACCUCCUCAGCCGCCACCUGCAACUAUGCGUGCCAAACUUGGGCGUCAAAUGACACCGAUGCCGGGAAGACGAAAAGCACUUGCUAUGCAACAACAACAGCAGCAGCCACAACAACCUACAGUACCGCCCACUGUAGAUGAUGUUGAUGAGGACAUGAUGAAGCAAAUACUUGGCUCCAUGUACAAAGAUCGGGAAUAUCUGGAGAAAUUUCUCGAUGAGUCUGAGGGUAUCAGUUUACCUAACAAAAUGAAUGUUGGGCCAACAGCACAGAACGGUCUUCAUUUUCUCUACGAUCGUGUUUUGAACUGGGUCAGAAAAGGUGAUCCCGUGCCGACAGUAGGCCCUACACCUCUACCCCGAGAGACAAAGACGUCGGCUAAACGGAAGACUAUGAUCCAUGGGUCAUCAGUGGAGAGUUUGCUUGAAGAGCAAGACAAGGAAAAUGAGUCACGUAAACGUAAACACUACAAGAAGAAAGCGCAAUCUAAGGCCCCACACACCUGGUAUAAUUACCUGGAGAACAAGAAAGUGGAGGAAGCCCAAGAGCGGAAGCAUGCGCGCAAUGUGUUUCUACAUGUUGUCGAAGGUCGUAAAAUAAAGCCUAAAGAACAUUCAAAUCUAGACAUGAAAAGAUCAAAGCAGGACCCGGAAAGAAGAAGUAAGGAUGGUAAACUGCGGAAGAAUAAAGAGUACGAUAGCAAGGAAUCUUUGAGCCAACAAUUCCUGUUCAAAUCAUACCGACCUGGAAGUGACCUUCGCAACAGCGACGAAAGCAAAGGGACAGCUAUGGACACCAGUGACCAGGAGAAGCCUAUUCAAACAAGAACACCCCCGAAAAAGUUGAGAAACUUUGGUGGUCAGAAGGAUAGACUAGAAAGACGCCGAAUAGCUGUAGGAAAAUACGUUGCCAAGGAAAUGGAGGAAAUUGAAAUGUUAUAUGCAGACGGACAGUACGACGCCUGUGGCGAUAAAGCUGCACACCUUCUGAAGAUUCUUGACACAGAAGACUUGCCCGACAAACACGUGCAUAUGUCAUCAUUACACAGUUACCUUGGCAACGUGUGCAUGAGCAAAAAGGAUUAUGAAAGGGGUCUUGACCAUCAUAAUAAAGAUCUUGCAAUUGGAGAGAAACACAAAUUAGAUGAUGCGAUUUCACGUGCACUUGGUAACCUUGGUAGAGUGUUCGUUGUUCAGAAGCGACAUCAAGAAGCCUUAGACGUGUUUCUCCGAAAGACUCCUAUGUGUGCAUCACGUAUAGAGACUGCUUGGCUGUUUCACGAGAUUGGUAACUGUUUUCUGGCUCUCGGUGACUUUGAAUAUGCCAAAGAUGCCGCGAAAAAGUCUCUGGAGGCCGCUGAAGAGGCUGUUGAAUGGAGUUAUCAGUUACAGUCAUGUGUCCUUAUGGGUGUCGCAGAAGUGAAAUUAAAGCAGUACCAUGCCGCUUUUAACACAUUUGAGAAGGCGUUGGAUCAAGCAAGAUUACAAGGUGACGAAAAGGCAGAAGACGCCAUCAGAGAAGCUCUACAAGACGUGAAUGACCGUAUUGUGGAGGAAAUGCGCACCAAAGGUCCGAUGAAUUUCCCAGAAUCUCGGUCUGAUAAUUUCAUGACACCAAUCUCUCGCGAUAAUACGACAAUUUCAGAAUAUCAAAUGCAGGGUUUAUCGAGAUCACGUGCUGAAAUCGCGAGGAUGCAUGCAAACUUAGGGUAUCGCUGUCGGGCAGACUAUGCAAAAACUCCAGCAGCCCAAUCGGAAUAUUCUAGCAUUCUUAUUCCAGAAGAUGAUGGCGAUGUGUCGCUAACUGACACUGUAGGGGAUGUAAAUGAUCUAAACCUAGAUCUAGAAAGACUACGGACGGAGUCUACCUUGUUUGGAUCAUCAAUUGAUCUCCGAGACCAUAUCAGAUCGGAAACAUUUGUGUCAGGAAAAGGAAAAUGAACAUCAUUGGUGCUUUGAUGAAAGCUACAGUGCCUUAAAGUUCCAUUAGCCAUUUGCUAUAAAGUUUCGGAGUUUCGGUUAUUUCGCUUUCGUUUAAUUUAAUAGAAAUUUCAUAGAAAAUGGUUAUGACUAAAAGCUUAAUUGAUAAUAGAACUGACAUAUGACCGAUGCUGUGUGCUAUUUCAUUCCAAUUUUCGGACGUAGUGUUGCUCAUGCGCAGCUUUACUGAAUGAAGUUUCUUUAGACAGCAUCUAUUGUCAUUUAUUUUCUUCAAUAUUGAAAUCUACUAAGAGUUUUCUACCUUUAUUUUAAUUUCGAUGAAAGGUAAAUCCCACUCGGACAGUUGGUAGAUUUAGUGAUACAUGCUGCCAUGUUGCUUGAAUUCUCCCCGUCGUUUUCGAGCUGUUUAAUCUUUAUUGAGGGGAGAAUUCCAGCAGGAACGGCUCCUGAUACCGACACUGACCUGCUGCACAUUGCUACAUUUGUGCGUAUUUCUAUGAUGACAAUGGUUGUUAAAAGUGAUAUAUUUGAAACGCUGUGCCAAAUAUUGGACAUUAUGAUACCGUAUUUGUUAGUUUUUGUUUAGACAUUUCGUGAUGUUUUGUGAGUGUCGUUAUAUGUCUGUGUAUGUAACAAAAUGUACUUGUAAAGGAAAACUUACUGACCAAUUUGUAAACAUGCAGUGUUUGUAGUAAUAAGACAUCUUACACUGACAAAAGAGUAGGGCAAAACUAUUCUUCUAGUAUCUUUUAAACUACUCUGUUAAAAUAACUGUAAGUUGCAGCUUUUUCUUUUAAAUUUUCCUUGUUUUGUCUUGUUCUAGUCAACUGUUUGUCUCCCUUUUAUUGUUUAUGAAGAUACUGUUGUCUUGCCGAUAUGAUUUUAAUUGUAUUGAUAUAUACACACAACUGUGAUAUUAUUAUCUUUUUCUUUACAUGUAUAAAUAAUUUCUACUCCAAUUAAGUUUAUAUGAAUUUUGUAAAUAAAUGUUUUUUGCA